CCGACAGUGACAUCGGGAGGGUGCUUAAGCGCCAUCGCCAUCCCACGACAGGUAGGACGCAACUUGUGUUUCCCCUAUCGCCAUCGCUAUGUCUGUCUCUCUCGCUGCGAACAAGAUUGUGUGUAUCACGGGCGCGUCGCGCGGGAUAGGACGAGGGUGCGCCAUAGCCUUCGCCCAGCAUGGCGCGAAGGGCUUCAUCUUGCACUACCUUGGCGACAAGACAACAGAGGAAGAAGUUCAGAGCCUCAAGAAGGAGAUCGAAUCGUCAGAGGGCAAGCGAUGUGUGACGGUUCCAGGAGAUAUUUCCGACCCUGCGACGUCGGCGAAGGUCGUCGAAGAGGGCGUGAAGGCGUUUGGCCGGAUUGACGCGCUCGUCUCGAAUGCAGGCAUUUGCCCGUUCGCUGAGUUCCUGACUAUGCCCGUGGAGACGUACGCUCGGACGCGGGCGGUGAACCUGGAUGGAUCAUUCUUCAUCACACAAGCUGUUGCGAAGCAGAUGAAAGAGCAGGUGCCGCAGGGCGGCACCAUCGUGGGCAUCUCUUCAAUUUCAGCGUUUGUCGGUGGUGAAUAUCAAGUCCACUACACACCUACGAAAGCGGCGAUCCUCUCCUUGAUGCAUAGCUCCGCCGUCGCGCUAGGGAAGUACAACAUCAGGUGCAACGCCGUCCUGCCGGGUACCAUCAUGACGGACAUCAACAAGGAGGACCUUUCGGACAAGGCAAAGUACGAGGGCAUGGUGAAGCGUACUGCUUUGGGGCGAUUGGGAGCUCCGGACGACAUCGCAGGACCAGUGGUCUUCCUGUCAAGCGACCUUGCGAAGUAUAUCACAGGCGCGCCUUUGCUGGUGGACGGUGGGCUUCUGGUAAACCUGCAGUGAUGCCCUAUGGGGGGAAGGUUGAAUAUCUAUGUGUAAUGUAUGAAUCUAGGAGACUUCAGCGGUUUGUUG